CAGUCUCCUCCUCCUCCUCCUCUCUGGUUUUCUGGGAGCCGGAGUUAUGACAACUGGGAGCCGCAGGUGAGGGCGGGCGGGGCGGGCGAUCGCCAAAGGCUGGCUGGCAACGCGGAUCUUAGGCAGGCAAGGCAAGGCUCCUUGGCCGCGGACGAGAAAGUUGCGCUCCGCCGAGCGUCGACGCAGCCGCCCGCCCCGGGCUCCCCGCCGCCGCCCUGAGACCUGCCCGCCGGCCCCCGAUCAGCCCCAGAAGGACGAUCGGGGACCCCCUUCCCGACCCCCCCCCCCCACGCCGCCGCCUCGCCGUGCCAGGCUGGCGCGUCGGCCAGGAGCGCUCGGGGCGGCGCGUCUGGAUGAGCGGCUCGACUCGGGGGUCUCCCUCCCGCUCGCUUCGGCCGGAGAUGGGCUGCAGGCGCCGAGGCGCGUCGCCAAGGGAGGAGGCGGAGGAGGGCGCGAGCUGGGAGACUCGGCACUGAGAACUCCGCCGCCCUUCCCCGCCGCGGCGAGGCUGCCCAGAGAGCCCGAGUCGUGCGGCGUUUCCUCCGGCGGCGGCGGCGGCGCCCAACAGCCCGGGCAGGCGAGCCCCGCCACGUUCACCACACCAGCAUGCACGCCAGCAGGAGGCAGAUCGCCGUCCCUGCUGGCCGCGCUGCUGCUCGCCCGGGCUGGCGAAUAUUUGCCUCUCUCUGAAGAAGUCGCCCGCGCCGGAGCCGAUUGGGAUCGGGAUUGAUUCCGUGCCCCCCCCACCCCACCCCUGAUUUCGUGGCAGUGGGCGAGGGGUUCGCCCUGGAGCGGGAGAGGAGACAAUUAUUCGGCACAAACACGGGAAACAGCCCACCGCAGAAUCUUUGAGGACACGUCAGUCCCAAGGAGUGUGUGGGCGUACCAUCCAAGCUCUUUAUAUUGAUGUUUAACUGUGCUCUAAACACAUGGAGGAGCUAUAAGCAAAUCUUCUUUGCUGCAUGAUGAAUUGGAUGACUGCAAUCUGGAAGAAAGCAAAAUAAUUGUUUCAUUGUCGGCUGUGAUUUGCUUAGUGUGUGGAACGAUGCCAGAAAGGCUAACAGAAAUGCUUAUGGAUACGUGGGCUCCAUUAGUAAUAUUAUGGAUUACUGUAUUCCCAUCUAUGUAUAUGGCUCCAAUGAAUCAUUCACAAGUAUUACCAAGUGCAUCCAGUAGAGGACUAAAUGAACAAAGUGAAGAACAAAGGAUCUUAAAUCGCUCAAAGAGGGGCUGGGUGUGGAAUCAAAUGUUUGUGCUGGAAGAAUUUUCUGGACCUGAACCUAUAUUGGUUGGCCGGUUACACACAGACUUGGAUCCUGGAGUCAGCAAGAUCAAAUACAUCCUGUCAGGUGAUGGAGCUGGUACUAUCUUUGUGAUCAAUGACAAGACUGGGGACAUUCAUGCAAUGAAAAGACUUGACCGGGAAGAAAAGGCCGAGUAUACGCUAACCGCCCAAGCAGUUGAUAGGGAUACAAACAAACCUCUGGAGCCUCCUUCAGAAUUCAUUAUUAAGGUUCAAGACAUCAAUGACAAUGCACCUGAAUUUGUCGAUGGUCCAUAUCACGCAGCUGUUCCAGAAAUGUCAAUUGUGGGUACUUAUGUCACCAAAGUGACGGCGACUGAUGCGGAUGAUCCUGUUUAUGGAAACAGCGCCAAGCUAGUCUACAGCAUCUUAGAAGGGCAGCCUUACUUUUCAGUUGAACCACAUACAGCGAUUAUUAAAACGGCUCUUUCCAACAUGGACCGAGAAGCCAAAGAGGAAUACUUUGUUGUCAUCCAAGCAAAAGAUAUGGGUGGACACAUGGGCGGAUUGUCAGGGACCACAACUGUGACAAUUACUCUCACCGAUGUCAAUGACAACCCUCCAAAGUUUGCGCAAAGUCUAUAUCAUUUCACAGUAUUAGAAGACAUUGCUAUUGGUGAUCCAAUAGGAAGGGUUAAAGCAAAUGACCUGGAUAUUGGUGAGAAUGCGAAGUCAUCCUAUGACAUUAUUGAAGGAGAUGGAAUGAAUACCUUUGAAAUCACCUCAGACUCCCAGACGCAAGAAGGCAUUAUUAGACUGAGACAGCCCCUAGAUUUUGAGACCAAGAGAUCUUAUACUCUGAAGGUGGAGGCAACUAAUGUCCAUAUAGAUCCACGUUUCAUCGGCGUGGGGCCCUUCAAGGAUACAGCCACCAUAAAGAUUGUUGUAGAAGAUGCUGACGAACCACCAGUCUUUCAGUCGCCAACUUACCUGCUGGAAGUGCAUGAAAAUGCUGCUAUUAACUCUGUGAUUGGUCAAGUGGCUGCCCAUGACCCUGAUGGAUCUUCCAGCUCUAUAAGGUAUUCCAUUGAUCGGAACACUGACCUUGAGAGACAGUUCAACAUUAAUACUCAAGAUGGAAGAAUAACAUUGGCAACACCACUGGACAGAGAGACCAGCACAUGGCACAACAUCACCAUUGUGGCAACAGAAGAUAGAAACCCCAGUCAAAUAUCUCGAGUGCCUGUUGAUAUCAAAGUUCUUGAUGUAAAUGACAACGCUCCCGAACUGGCAUCAGGGGAUCAAGCAUAUUUGUGUGAAAAUGGAAAAUCUGGAAACGUAAUUCACACCAUGAGAGCCAUUGACAAAGAUGACCCUAAAAAUGGUCACUAUUUUGUUUAUAACCUUCCACCUGAAAUGGCCAACAAUCCAAAUUUUACAAUCGAGAAAAACCAAGAUAACACCCUUAAUAUUUUGACAAAACGGAAUGGAUUCAGCCGCCAGAAGCAAGAAGUCUACCUUCUUCCAAUCAUAAUCAGUGAUAGUGGGAAUCCGCCAAUGAGCAGCACCAGCACCCUCACUAUUAAGGUCUGUGGUUGCAGCAGUGAGGGUAUUGCUCAAUCCUGCAAUGCUGAAGCAUAUGUACUCCCUAUUGGUCUCAGCAUGGGAGCUUUAAUAGCAAUACUAGCCUGCAUCAUUUUGCUGCUAGUCAUCGUGGUCCUGUUUGUCACACUGAGGAGACAUAAAAAUGAGCCUCUUAUUAUCAAAGACGAUGAAGAUGUCAGGGAAAACAUCAUCCGUUACGAUGACGAAGGGGGUGGUGAAGAAGAUACAGAAGCCUUUGACAUUGCGACAUUGCAGAACCCUGAUGGGAUAAAUGGAUUUUUGCCCCGCAAGGAUAUUAAGCCUGAUCUUCAGUUUAUGCCCAGACAGGGCUUAGCACCUGUUCCAAAUGGUGUUGAUGUUGACGAAUUUAUCAACGUAAGGCUCCACGAAGCUGAUAAUGACCCCACAGCUCCUCCAUAUGACUCAAUUCAGAUUUAUGGGUAUGAGGGAAGAGGCUCAGUCGCGGGUUCCCUGAGCUCUUUAGAAUCUUCAACAUCAGACUCAGACCAGAAUUUUGACUACCUCAGUGAAUGGGGGCCCCGCUUUAAAAGACUUGGGGAACUUUACUCAGUGGGCGAAAGCGACAAAGAAACUUGACAGUGGAUUACAAACUCUCUUUUUUUUCACUCUUGACUCGAACACUGAUGUAAUAUUCUAGGGCCACUGUUGUUAGUUAUAACUAAUGUGGCUUUUUGUUUUAGGGGCAACUUUAGCGCCAGUCAUCUAUAAAAUCAACUACAUUGUAAUGUUGAACCAAAAAAAAAAGAGUACAUAAAUUAAAAAAAAAUAUAUGUUAGGAGGUCUGAGUCUUGUGGAGUGUGAAGUUAAGUACGUAGAGUGUCUAGAAGUAUUUGGAUAUUCUAUAUUCACAUGACCACUCUGAAGACGGGGGUUUGGAUCUUUGAUUGUCCUCAACAAACUCACAGAAAUGAAAUUGAGAAGGUGCUUUUCUACAUAAUGGACUUAGGCGGAACAUUGCUGAUGAAGAGUAUCUACUGACAAUACAUUUAGAGCUAAUGGUUUAUUUACACGUUGCCAACCAAGAUCCCGCUACAAACAAACAAAAACAGAAUGUUUAAAGCAAUAUCUGGUCGUCUUUGCAAUGCUGAAUAAAAAGGAGCAUUGAUAAAGUCUAUUUUGGCCUCAACUGUGCAGUGACAUUAAGUUGUACAUAGGGUAAUUGUUGGCCACAAAACCACAGACUGAAUAUCAUCUCUAAGUAUUGUGUCAAGCCUUAAAAUAUCCACAUGUUUCUAUUCUAUUGACGGGACUCAAAAUCUGUCAUUGUGCAACAGUUCAAGAGUAGGGAAGGGAUCCCUAGUUCUCUACUCUUUAAAAAAAAUGGAUUGUUUUCUAGAAGAAUCAUGCUCCUAUCAUCUACAUUGUCUUCUAUAAGGAAAGAAACAACCUGUGAAAGAGAAUGGACUCACACAUAUGAAACAAAAGGUGACUUUAUUGCUAAAGAACAAAUUUAUUUGUUUAAUCCUUGAAAUAAAUAUUUUAUUGUUGUCCAUUACUGCUUUUAUUUAUUAUGAUCGGUUAGUGAUAAGGGUCUAAGGAAAGGGAACCGUCUGGAUUAUAUCCAUUGAUAAAAGGUUAGAAUCCAUUCAAUGUUGAAUGAAAUGUACAUUUUGAAAACAUACAUGAGGAACAUUAGCAGUAAAGGAGCUAAUGCUGGCAGGGUGAAAAUGUUCCUGGAAGAGAAAGGAAAAGAAAUAUUGGACUGCUUUAUAUUUUCUUCAUUUUGUAACUGGUGUUUCAAUACAAGCACAAACAGCUGGAAGCAACCUGGUUCAUGUGAAUAUUUAAAAACUCUAGACUUUGAAAAUUCCACACAUUGCACCAUAAAGUAAAACACGGUUAUAGUUCUCCACUGUAUUAGAAGAGAAACCAGUGUGUACAUAAUUUUCCUGCUUAUGUUCUUAGCCUUUUCCACCCCUAGUAUAUUCAUGGUUAUGCACAGGGAUCUUGCUCACGGAAAGAACAGCACUUAGAAGCUGGUGACAUCCUCAAUUUGUAAUGCAAACUUAUCAUUUAGAGGUAGCAAUUGUAAAAUAAGAUUGCGUAUUACAUGCAAAUCAUUUUUACUUUUUUCUAUUUUGUUUUGAUGCUAUUGUUUUGUUUAUUUACUCCAUGUAUUGUGUUCAGAAAACAACAACAACUCCUGUAUUGUUUCCUAUUUUGUGGAAAUAUAUUUUUAUAAAUAACUUCUUUGUGAUCACA